AUGGGUGUGAUAUCUACUGAUCCACCAGAAUCAGUUGAUGAUAAUGACAAUGAUGAUGGCGGAUUUGGAGGAACGUUUGAUGAACUUGAGUUUGAUCUACAAGAAGAAGGCAUUCCUAAUCACAUGUUGAUGUCAGGAAAACAAUUUAAGAUUCUGAACAAAAAGCUCAUUUUGAUUAUUCAAUACCAAGCAGAUGCAUGGGGAAGCAGUUCACUGUCUAGUAUUGAAGUGGAUGUCAUGUUAAAAGCACAAGAAGCUCGAUUGUUCAAUAAAUUUUCUACUUUGCUUAGUGCUUCUAAAUCUUGA